UAAGAAGGAGAGAGAGAGAGAGAGAGAGAGAGAGAGAGUGAUAGAAAAGGAAAGUGGAGGAAAAUUGAAAGAUGUAUGUGGAAGUAAAGCGAGAGAAUGCACAGUAAGAAGAAAGGUGGCGUGGCUGCAGCAAAAAAGACGAAACCAACAAGAGGAGGAAGAAGAGGAAUCACAAGCUCUGUGACCAGGCAAAUACCCAUCCACCCACCCACCAAGAUUCAUGGUUUUCCGCUCCUUUUUCUCGAUUUUCUCGGCCUCCGAGCUUUUCUCACUCGCUUUCUCAUCCCAAAAUUCACCGUUUUUCGAACAAAAAUUGUCCUAAAUUAGUCACUCUCUGCACCUUAAAGUUUCUUCCUUUAUCGAACCCUAAUUUUUUUUUUCUUUUCUUUUACAAUUCGCAUGAACCAAUCUGUAGGAUUAGAGUUCCUGAUUUGGUUCAUGAAAAUCUGAAAAGAUUAAAAAAUAUAUAUAUAUAUAUAUAAAAAACCCUUGAGGGUUUCAGAACUUCGAUCUGUGGUCGCUGAUCGGAGAGUCUUUCUCUUUGUCUGAGUUUAUGUCAGUGUCUGGCAUUUCUUAUUUUCUUUUUCUUUUUAUUUUUUCUUACUUUUGGUUAUGAUUUCGUAUUCAGUGCAUUGAAAGACAUCUGAAAAUCUGAUCAGUUCCAUUCCACGAAUUACGAGACGAUAAGCCAUCUCCUUUUUUGUUUCCUUUUAUCAGAGAGAUUCAAAUGCUACCCAUAAAAGCAAUUCUGAGAGGAAGGUGCUUGUGAGCUGCAUUCUGAAGAGGGUGCCUGGUGAUUGGUGAAAGCUUAAACAGAUUUCUGAAUGCUACUUUGUAAUGUGAGGUCGAAACACAAUUGCAGUGGUAGCCAGGGGUCUGAGCAAAUAGAGCUUAAAAUUACUCUGGCUAAUUGGGUUUCUUUCCAGGGGUUUGAGUUGGAGAGAAACAGUAAUUUUAGACUGCUAUUGAACGUUUGUUCAUUGUUGGCUAGAAGUGGAGGUAAAAUUCAUGUGUAAUUCUCCACUGCCAGGAAUGUGGUCAUUGGAGAAUUACAUAUGACUACAGGGGACCCGUUGCUGUCUCUUGGGGAUCGUUCUUCAUUUGACCGGCCCUCCAUUGGCAGCACUUAUGCAACUUCAGCUUCUUCCCUUCUGGAGGACAGCGAAUACUGUCUCACUCGUACCUCCGACGUGAACGAUUCUGAAGAAGCCACCAGAUCUGUUGGAGACACUAAUUGCCUUGAGAAACCACCCUCUAAGUUUUCAACUUGUCGUGCAUCAAGAAAGCAUUUCAGUUCCGCGGAGUCUCAGUUCUUUUCGCAGUUUCCAUUGGAAUUCCCCAUACCGGAUAGAAGACGCCUGGUGACGUGGGGUGCAAUGGAGCUGCAAAAUUUCAACAGUGAUUCAGCGGCUUUUGAAAUCUCCAGGGCGACAACUCCAGAGCAGGAGAAGUUGAGCAAGUCUCAGAGGGUAUGCCAUAAAAGCGUGCAGUUUGAAGAUAACCAAUUGCAUGGCAAGAGUCCGAGGUUAAUUUAUAUUGAUGAUCCAAGGAGGACAAAUGACAAGUAUGAGUUCACUGGGAAUGAGAUUCGAACUAGCAAAUACACCUUGAUCACUUUCUUGCCCAAGAAUAUAUUCAUUCAGUUCCAUCGGGUUGCUUAUUUGUAUUUCUUAGGGAUUGCUGCUCUCAACCAGCUUCCACCUCUGGCAGUCUUUGGGAGAGCGGCGUCCCUUAUUCCCCUCCUGCUUGUGCUUUCUGUCACGGCUAUUAAAGAUGGCUAUGAGGACUGGCGAAGGCACAGAUCAGAUCAGCAUGAGAACAACAGAGAUGCACUUGUGCUUCAAUCUGGUAAGUAUCUAGCAAAGAAAUGGAAAAAUAUACAAGCAGGUGAGGUUGUGAAGAUUUGUGCUGAAGAGACAAUUCCAUGUGACAUGGUUUUGCUGGGGACAAGUGAUUCUAGUGGAAUUGCCUACAUUCAGACAAUGAAUUUAGAUGGUGAGUCCAACUUGAAAACAAGGUAUGCCCGGCAGGAAGUAGCUUCAGCUGUGUCUGAAGGAUGUGAAAUAUCAGGUCUUAUCAGAUGCGAGCAACCUAAUAGGAACAUUUAUGAGUUCCAUGCCAACAUGGAGUUUCAGGGGAAUAAAUUUCCGCUAAGCCAAUCAAACAUAGUUUUACGUGGUUGCCAGCUAAAGAAUACAGAUUGGGUAAUUGGUGUAGUAGUAUAUGCUGGGCAGGAAACAAAAGCAAUGUUGAAUAGUGCUGCUUCUCCUUCCAAGAGAAGCAGACUGGAAGGUUACAUGAACAGAGAAACCAUCUGGUUGUCUGUCUUCCUUUUUGUCAUGUGUUUUGUUGUGUCCCUUGGGAUGGGCCUAUGGCUUAUACGUCACAAGGAUCAGCUUGAUACACUGCCUUAUUAUAGGAAAAUAUACUUUAACAAAGGGAGGGAUAAUGGGAAAAAAUACAAAUAUUAUGGGAUACCUUUGGAGAUUCUUUUCUCUUUUUUGAGUUCUAUCAUAGUUUUUCAGAUAAUGAUACCGAUAUCUCUGUAUAUUACAAUGGAAUUGGUUCGUUUGGGUCAGACAUUUUUCAUGAUCGAAGACAAGCACAUGUUCGAUAGCAGUUCUGGCUCAGGUUUUCAAUGCAGAUCUCUGAAUAUAAAUGAGGAUUUGGGUCAAAUACGCUACAUAUUCUCCGACAAAACAGGGACACUAACUGAAAACAAAAUGGAAUUCCAAAGAGCAAGUGUAAAUGGCAUAAAUUAUGGGACCUCCUUGCCUGUGGCUGAUCCGUUGCAUGAAAAGAAUGUUGCAGGUUUAGGUAAGAGGAAGUGGAAGCUUAAAUCUGAAAUUGCUGUUGAUUCUGACCUUGUGGAGUUGUUACACAGAGACUCAAGUGGAGAUGAAAGGAUUGCUCCGCAUGAGUUUUUCCUUACAUUGGCUGCAUGUAACACUGUGAUCCCAACUAUUGAUCAAGAUACAUCUUCCAGCUGCACAGAAAGUGAAUUACAUGAUAAAGUAGAAACUAUUAGUUACCAGGGGGAAUCUCCUGAUGAGCAAGCACUAGUUGCUGCAGCGUCUGCUUAUGGAUAUACUCUCUUUGAGCGCACAUCUGGGCAUAUUGUGAUUGAUGUCAAUGGUGAGAAUCUAAGGCUGGACGUGUUGGGCCUUCAUGAGUUUGAUAGUGUGCGGAAACGAAUGUCCGUGGUUAUUAGAUUCCCUAACAAUGCUGUAAAGGUGUUGGUGAAAGGUGCUGAUACUUCAAUGUUCAGCAUUUUAGCUGACUCUGGGAUGGAUGAUCAUGUAAGAAGUGCAACACAGAAGCAUCUAUCUGAAUAUUCAUCACAAGGUUUACGUACUCUUGUCGUUGCUGCCAGAGAUCUUACAGGCGAAGAACUUCAGCAGUGGCAAUACAUGUAUGAAGAUGCUAGUACUUCAUUAACUGAUAGGGCCAUAAAACUUCGUCAAACAGCAGGUUCAAUAGAAUGCAAGUUAAAGCUUCUUGGGGCAACUGCAAUUGAGGAUAAACUGCAAGAUGGUGUGCCAGAGGCCAUUGAAUGCCUCCGGCAAGCAGGUAUCAAGGUCUGGGUUCUGACUGGAGACAAGCAAGAAACGGCUAUUUCCAUUGGUGUUUCUUGUAAGCUAUUGACAGCAGAUAUGCAACAAAUUAUUAUUAAUGGAAAUUCAGAGGAUGAGUGCAGGAAUCUUUUGGUUGAAGCGAAGGCCAAAUAUGGGAUUAAAUCACCAACCAAACAAAAUCACAGUUUGAAAUGGAAAAAAAAUGCUGAAAAUGACUAUCUUGAAGUACCUGGCAGUGCAAAGUCAUUCAGUGUGCAACAGUGGUACGCAGGGAAGAAAGGAGUUACAGCUACAACUGCACCAUUGGCACUAAUAAUUGAUGGGAAUAGUUUGGUCUACAUUUUGGAGAAAGAUCUGGAGUCAGAGCUUUUUGAUCUUGCAAUAUCCUGUCGGGUUGUGCUAUGUUGCCGUGUUGCACCUUUGCAGAAAGCUGGAAUAGUUGAUCUAAUCAAGACUCGAACUGAAGAUUUGACGCUGGCCAUAGGCGAUGGGGCCAAUGAUGUUUCAAUGAUCCAAAUGGCGGAUGUUGGUGUUGGAAUUUGUGGUCAGGAAGGGCGUCAAGCUGUGAUGGCAUCUGAUUUCGCUAUGGGACAGUUCCGGUUUUUGAAAAGAUUACUUUUAGUGCAUGGACAUUGGAAUUAUCAGCGAAUUGGUUAUUUAAUUUUAUACAACUUCUAUCGCAACGCUGUUUUUGUGUUGAUGCUAUUCUGGUAUAUACUUUGCACAGCUUUUUCUACAACUUCUGCAUUAACAGAUUGGAGUAGUGUAUUAUAUUCUGUAAUUUAUACUUCUGUCCCUACAAUUGUUGUUGGUAUUAUGGAUCAAGACUUAAGUCAUAGGACACUGUUAAAGUAUCCAAGAUUAUAUGGUGCGGGACAUAGACAUGAAGCAUACAAUUUACAGCUGUUUUGGAUAACAAUGAUCGACACAUUAUGGCAGAGUCUCGUUAUCUUCUACAUACCUGUGCUCACAUAUAAGGAGAGCACAAUAGAUAUAUGGAGCAUGGGCAGUUUGUGGACAGUAGCGGUUGUUAUCCUUGUGAAUAUGCACUUGGCAAUGGACAUCCAGCGGUGGGUAGUUGUUACUCAUGUUGCAGUGUGGGGAUCAAUAGUUAUUACAUAUGGCUGUGUGCUGAUAUUAGAUUCUUUCCCUAUGUUUCCCAAUUACUGGACUGUAUAUCAUUUGGUCAAGUCACCCAAGUAUUGGCUCACCAUUUUGCUUAUUACAAUUGUAGCAUUGCUCCCUCGUUUUCUUUUUAAAGUAGUACAGGAAAUUUUUUGUCCUUCAGAUAUUCAGAUAGCUAGAGAAGCUGAGGUAUUAAGUAAACAAGAUGAAAUAUAACGUCAAGGCAACAUCAAGGUUCAAAUGAUGUGCAUGACACUCUUUUAGACAAUCCAUAUUUGAGAUGGAUUCUGAUGAUUUUAUCCAUCAUGUGGCUUUCCUGUGGCACUCAGUCGUAUUGUUAAUUGUGUCGUUCCUCAAAUGAGUUGCAUCAAGCUGAAAGCAUAUGAACUCAGUUAUCAGCAUUUGUCAAGGGAGCAUGGCGCAGAGUCGCGGGGUAGAUUGUGGUUUGAGCCAAGAGGACGGGGUGUGAGACAUAUCGAUCAUUAAAAGUCAUUUAGAAGUUGAGACGGGAAGGGAGAAAAGGUGAAGAAAGGAGGCCGAAGCAUAGAAGUUUGGUCGAUGCAUUAUUUGGGUUCUCUGGCGGCACAAAGUGAAAAUAACAGGGUGGUGUACAGAUUUUUCCUCCUCAGGUAGCACAGAGAGGAAAUCUAAUAGAUUGAGAGAAAAUAUAGUAUAUAAUAGGUCUUGUAAAAAGCAGGUUUGACAAUUUUUUACACCUCAACAGUGAAAUUAUACAAGAAAAUUAAUUGUAAUUUGUACUACCACUGUUCUACAUC